UCUAACUCCGUCGAAACUCGGAGGAAACACCUAUCUGGGUGCACUAAUAUUCUGCUCAACGAGCAGUUAUUUCACUUUUGGCGCGCAGAGACGCACGCGUGAUUAUUUGUUCUUCUGUGUAAGAUGGUCGUCAAGAAAGAAGUGAAGGAGAAAACAAAUAACCCGAUGAGAGAAAUUAAAAUCCAGAAACUCUGCCUGGAUAUUUGUGUAGGGGAAAGUGGUGACAGGCUAACUCGAGCAGCCAAGGUUUUGGAGCAGUUAACAGGUCAACAACCCGUUUUCAGUAAAGCACACAAGACUAUAAGGUCUUUCUCAAUCAGACGUAAUGAAAAGAUUGCUGUCCACUGUACUGUGCGGGGCCCUAAAGCGGAAGAGAUUUUGGAAAAGGGACUAAAGGUGAAGGAAUACGAGCUCCCAAAAUCAUGCUUCAGCAAAACUGGGAAUUUCGGCUUUGGGCUGACGGAACAUAUUGAUCUGGGAAUAAAAUACGAUCCUUCGAUUGGAAUCUAUGGAAUGAAUUUUUAUGUCAUUUUAGGCAGACCGGGGAUGCGCGUUAGAUACCGGCGUCGUUGUCAAAGCCGAGUUGGAAAUAGUCAUCACGUUCAAAAGGAGGAAGCAAUGAAGUGGUUCCAAACUAAGUUCGAUGGUAUAUUGCUGAACAAAUAGUGUAAAGAUAUAAAGUUUUGGCAUUUAUAAUUUGGUUCUUAUUAAUAUUAUGGCAAUGCCUGAUAAACAUAUUACUAAAACUAGCUCACGAUGUGAGAUUACCUAAUCUGUUCUGACCAGUAAGUAGCAGGAUAUACUCGUGUACUAUGGGUCUACCAAGCACCAUGUAAUUUGUAGUCUGGUUGGUAAUUAAUAUUUAUACUCAUCCAGUUUCGGCAAUCAACGGACGUCCAGUUAUCUCAGUUGCACUUGAAGCUUGCAUCAUCGCUGUGGUUUCCCAGCAUCUAAUCCUUGCGUUCAUUUGUGUUACAAAUAAGUGUGUUGGAGGCUUUAUAAUAGCUCUCUUGGUAAUUCCUAUUUGUAUUGUUUCAUUGGGAAAAAAUUGAGUAAAAAAUCGUGUCAGUCAAUUUUGUUAAACUUCGGUCCUACAUUGCGAUGAUCGAGUAGACUUUGACACUGUCAGCACAUCGCGGUUUGAUCUUGUGUAUGUGUACCCGUAGAUCCCAUUUAGAGAAGUCAAAAUUCUCUCAACAGGAUGAAUUUUCACUGCAUGGUUUUAUUUUUCAUAUCACUUGUAACAAGAUUUUCAAGGAUAUCUCAUUUUCCAUAAAUUCUUGGUCGGUUAGUCAUUGAGCUACAACUCGGUGCGUACAUAUAUCAGUUAAAGUUGCUACACCACAACGCAGGUGGAUGGAUUCUUAGUUGUAAAAAACGGAAAGUUGGUGAAAGGGGAUAUACCAUGCGCAUUGUCUUUUAACUUUAAAUACUUAUAUAGAGCCAUCCGUUAAGCAUUAGGCUGUAUGUUGGAGGAACCAAAUAGCCUGUUUUCAUAUGUAUCUGACAGGUUUCAGCCACGAAAUACGGUCGAGACGUGCAGUUUGAGGCGACUUAGGUUUGGCUGCUACCAAUCCCGUUUAUAAUUAGUCGUUUUGUUUACAAUUAAGAUUUUUUUUGUAACAUGUUGACGACUACCAACCAGCUGAUAUUAACACCCAACUGUCAAAUGAGGUUGAUGUCGAGCAUAUUAUGGAGGGUUAGUACUAAGUUACCAGUGGGACUGUAUUGGUGAAGCCAGAACGGUGUUUCAUGAAGUAAUGCAUUUCUGGCUUGGUUGAAGUUCGCGCAUCGGCCUCACUUAGUCAUUGUAGACGCUGGAUGACAUGUUUCAAAAUUGGUCACAGUGGUGAGAAUGCGUUCACUCCUUAUCCUAAGUUUAAGUACUUCAUCACACCUCGAUUCUCAAUAUUCUCUUUCUCACUAUCAUAACUAUUAUUUUCUGAUUUUGACUCUUGUUACUUCUUGAUUUUGUUUUGUACUGACCUAAGUAAAUCCAGGCAUUUGUAGCAGUUCUUACGCUGAUAAUAAUGACUUAUCGCCAGGAGGAUAUAUAUUUUUGCCUAUUUCUUUUUUUCAGUUUACUGAUUCUGAUCGUCUGUAGACGCUCUGCGAACACUAAUAAUAGGUAGAACAUUCCCUGCAGGUGAUUCGAAUUAAGUCGACUGGAUUCAGUCAGUCAGUGGCAAC